AUGGGUGUCGAGUCAACUUUACGACGCGCUGGUAUAUCUCUUUGGUGGCCUGGUAUGAAUUUGCAGCUGAAACAGUUCAUAUCUACAUGCCAAGUUUGUCAAUCCUUCCAGAGAAACAAACUGAAAGAAAGUCUGGUGAGUCAUUCUAUUCCUGAUAGACCCUGGUCCAAAAUCGCAGCCGACCCUUUUGAGUUUAAAGGGGAACACUUUCUAGUAUUGGCUGACUACUACAGCGAUUGGAUCGAAUUUGAUAAGAUGAGAGACCAAACUGCAACUGAAACCAUUGCCCUGAUACUCAAACAAUUCUCACAAUGGGGACUUCCCAAUGAGAUUGUCACUGACUGUGGAAAGAAUUUCGAUUCUAAGGAAUUCUCACAAUUCUGUCGGAGGAAGCAGAUAAAACACACGAAAUCCUCACCUCACCAUCAUCAGAGUAAUGGCAAAGUGGAAUCAGUGGUGAAGAUCAUCAAAUCUAUCUUGAGAAAGACUGAAAACUCUGCUUUGAAUCCUUACAAAGCCCUACUUGAUCAACAUAAUACACCUAUAGUUGAUAUGAUGAUAUCACCUGCUCAAAGAUUUUUACACCAAAGACUGAAAUCUGAAAUUUCUAUCAAAGCCACUCUGCUUACACCGGAAAUUGCUGAAACAGUCCUAGAAGAAAAGGCUGAGAAAACAACCAAGUCUCAAAUGUAUUACAAUCGAACUGCCAAAGAUCUGAGUGUUUUACAACCUGGUGGUACAGUACCCAUCAAACCUGAAGGACUAACCAAAGGACAACAAUGGAGAAAAGGAUUUAUUGCUCAGAAAUAUCCAUUUCCUUCACACGAUGUUGAAGUGGAUGGCAAACUCUUCUGA